AUGACCGGGUCUGCUCAGAUACGGUGUGGCUUAUGGCCCUUUCAAUCGCGCUCAAUAUGUGAACAGCAGGGACUUGCAUCGAGGCUAUUGCGGGCGGCGUCCUUCUCAACUAGCAGAGAUUACGAUAUCAAGCAGCUUGAAAGGCGCGCGAAUCUGGAGCCCGACAAUAGUGCUGCUCAAGCCUCGCUUUACAAAGUCCUCCGGCGUGAAGAUCCCGAGUUGGCGAUACGACGCUUUACAUCAGGUCGCUAUUCCAAAAACUCGACUUGUGAGGAGUAUUAUGCAGAUGCGCUCGAGCAUACAGGCCGUGUUCGCGAGGCAGAGCAGGUACGCGAUCAGCUUCUCGAACCGUCUCAGCCGCGGUCGCGACAUGAUGCACAAGUAAGCUCCGCAAUUACCACCGCCUCUGAUGCUCUUGGCGCGACACGCCAAAAUCCUUUACAUGUUGUCAUGCAACAGUCUCGCGCGACGAUCAUCCUCGAAUGGGUGAGAUUUCUUUUGUCAUUUGGUCUUACAGUAUACAUCGUGUUACUAGUGAUUGGCACCGUUGCGAGUGCCGCAGGCAUGGCAGGCAAUGCAAUUGGCGGUCUGGAUGGAAGCGGCAAACGCCAGGCUGCAGUCAAGGAAUUGCCCGAUGUUAGAUUCAGCGAUGUGCACGGCGUGGACGAAGCCAAGGAAGAGCUACAGGACGUCGUCAACUUCCUGAAAAAUCCAUCCAAAUUCACUACACUGGGUGGCAAGUUGCCCAAGGGCGUGCUGUUGACCGGCCCUCCAGGUACCGGCAAAACUCUCCUUGCUCGAGCCAUUGCUGGGGAGGCCAACGUGCCCUUCUUCUUCAUGUCAGGCUCUGACUUUGACGAAAUGUUUGUUGGUGUUGGUGCGAAGCGUAUUCGAGAACUCUUCGCGCAGGCGAAGGAGAAGGCCCCUUCAAUUGUCUUCAUCGACGAGCUCGAUGCUGUUGGAUCCAAGAGAAACCCAAAAGAUUCUGCAUAUCUUCGUCAGACUCUCAAUCAGCUGCUCGUCGAACUAGACGGGUUUCAGGAAAACUCGGGCGUCGUCUUCAUCGGUGCUACGAACUUUCCGCAGUCGCUCGACAAGGCGCUCAUCCGCCCUGGUCGUUUCGACGUGCAAAUCAAUGUGCCCUUGCCGGAUGUCCGUGGUCGGAUGCAGAUUUUGCAACACCAUGCACGCAAGAUGCGCAUGGCACCUGAGGUUGACUUUAGCCUCAUAGCUCGAGGUACCUCUGGGUUCUCUGGCGCUGACUUGGCAAACUUGGUUAAUCAAGCGGCAAUCAAGGCUUCCAAGGACAUGGCAAAGCUCAUCAACAUGAAGUCACUCGAGUGGGCGAAAGACCGCAUCAUGAUGGGUGCAGAACGCAAAAGCAAAUAUACCACCGAAGAGUCUAAGCUCAUGACAGCGUGGCACGAGGCUGGUCAUGCUCUUGUGGCAUUCAAGACCCCGGGCGCAAUGGAACCCUACAAAGCUACCAUCAUGCCCCGUGGUUUCAGUCUGGGUAUGACGAUGAUGUUGCCGGAGAUGGACAAAGACUCUCGCUCAAAGAAGGAGUAUCAAGCUAUGAUCGAUGUGUCCAUGGGAGGGCGCGUUGCUGAGUUGCUCAUCUAUGGUCCGGAGAAUGUCACUAGCGGUGCGCACUCUGACAUCACAAACGCAACCAAUAUCGCCAAGGAAAUGGUCACGGCCCAUGGCUUUUCAUCAGCCGUUGGCUCGAUUGCUUUGAGUGACAAUCUCGAAACACUUUCGCCCUCGACAAAAGCCUUGGUGGAAUCCGAGAUCAAGAGUAUGAUUACAAGUGCGGAGGAGCGCGCUCACAAGAUUUUGACAACGUAUUCCGUUGAAUUGGAGCGCCUCGCCAAAGCACUUGUUGAGUAUGAGAUUCUCAACAAGCAGGAGAUGGAGAUGGUCAUGAAAGGCGAAAAGCUCAGUAGAUAA